CGCUGAAAGGGUUAAGGGGUGCCGGAGCCCUCCCAGAGCCGAUCCCGCGGUGCUCAUUGAGCUCCGAGCCCAUCAAAGGCUCCGCUCCCGGCCCCCGCCCGGCGCUGCCCGGCCCGGCCGCUCUCGGUGCGCAGAGCGGGGAUGUGGCUCCUCCGCAGCCUCGCCUGGGCCCUGCUCAGCCCCGUGCUGGCCUCGGAGCUGGGCCCGCAGGAAAAUUCCCUGCUCAGAUCGCUGGGGCUGAGCGCCAAGCCCAGCCCCAGGAGCCCCGCGCCGGUGCCGCCCGUGCUCUGGAGGAUCUUCCACAAGAGGAGGGCCCUGCCCCGGCCCGAGGCAGCGCCGGAGCCCUGCAGGGUGGAGGAGUUCAAUGUCCCCGGGAACAUCGUCCGAGUCUUCGCCGACCAAGGCCGUUUCCUGCCCGCGGGGCAGCCCCAGGGCCGGCUGUGCCUGCGGAAGCUCCUGCUCUUCAACCUCUCGGCGCUCGAGGAGGGCGAGCGCCCGACCCUGGCCCAGCUGGAGCUGCGCUUCCAGCACAGCUCCUACCACGGCCCCAGCCCGGGCCGCGUCCUGGAGCUGCGGCUGUACCGGGCGUCCCCGCGGGGGCUGCCGCAGCCCGGCCGGGCCCCGCUGCUGGAGCGGUCGCUGGUCCAGCUGCGCAAAUCGCUCGUGUUCGAGCUGAGCGCGGCGCUGGGCGGCCGGGCGGUGCCGCCGGGCAGGGAUUCCCUGGCUUUGGUGCUGGAGAUGUCGGAGAGCGGCGGCGCCGGGGGCCCCUGCGGCAGCUCCGACGCCUUCGCGGCCGCCUCGCUGCUGCUGGUGACGCUGGGCCGGCAGUGCCGCGCCGGCCGCGGCCGGAGGAGCGCCCCGGGCCCCGCGGGGACCCCCAGCCCCCUGUGCAAGCCCCGCCGGCUCUACAUCAGCUUCAGCGACGUGGGCUGGGAGAACUGGAUCAUCGCCCCCCAGGGCUACCUGGCCAACUACUGCGGCGGGGAGUGCCCGUUCCCGCUGGCGGCCGAGCUCAACAGCACCAACCACGCCGUGCUGCAGACCAUGGUGCACUCGCUGGACCCGCAGGGCACCCCCCAGCCCUGCUGCGUGCCCGUCCGCCUCUCCCCCAUCUCCAUCCUCUACUACGACAACAGCGACAACGUGGUGCUGCGGCACUACGAGGACAUGGUGGUGGACGAGUGCGGCUGCAGGUAGCGCGGCUCCGGAGGGAACGGCGGACAAGGGGGGGGAAAUUCCUUUGUUAUUCCCGCUGGGAAACCCCCGCCGUGCUCGGGGGCUGCUCUGGGGCUGGGCCGGCGCUCGGGGCGGUGCUGGUUUGGGAUCAGCUGGGAUGGGGUGCGGGAUUAUGACCGAGGCUGGUGCUGGGUCCUUUCUCGCCUGGGGACGCUGGCACCGCGCUGUGAAUCCCAAAUUCCCCCCCUUGUUCGUGCCGGGCACCUCCAGGGCUGCAGGUUUUGGGGUUUUGGCUGAACUCCGCAGAUUUCUCAGGGCAUAAAUGACUCCUCUGGGUGAAAAGGGGCUGGGGGCUCCCCGGGUGUGGCCCGGCUGCGGGGACAGGGAUGGGGUCACCAAAUCCCGUCCCAGGGAGGCAGGGCCAGGCAGGAGCUUCCUCGGUGCUGUGGGAGCCGCUCUCAGGGCGUGCUUGGUGAUGGGCGGACAGGGCUUGUGCUGGGUGGCCAAAUGCAGUGGAGGUUUUGCCUAAAAACUGAAGGUUUUUCCCUAAAAAUUGAGAUUUUUGCCUAAAAAAGGGGAGAUUUUACCCAAGAAAUCCGCUGGGAGCAGUGAAAUGCAAGGGCAGGAUGCUGCAGGAGCGGGGCUGAAGGAAUCCAGGGCUGGGUCAGGGGCUCCCCGCCCUCCCAGCCCGCUGUGGUCAGUAUUAAUUUAAUUUACCUCAUUUGCAAAUGGAUGAGCCCGGGCUGUCCCCCGAGCGUCCCCAGGUGGCAGCCGAGCCCCAGGCAAGGGCAGGGCACGGAGCUCCGCACAUUUUUGCUUUUCCGGGCUGUUUUUGGUGCAUUUGUUGGUUUUUGUGGCGCCUGGCAGCCCCAGCCCCUCUGCGGUGCCACCGAGGGGCAGCAGGGACCCAGUCUGGGCCAUUUCCCAUCCUGGGCUCCUCUCUCCCCCUCGGGGGGAAGGGGCUGAGCCAUGGAGCCCUGGGUGUGAAACCACCAGAGCGAGGAUUUGGGGCAAGGGAAUCCCAGUUAGACUUGAACUUUUUCUCUUUAUUUUGAACUGUGAAGCCGUAGUGCAGCUUUUGGGGUUUUUUUUGCUAUUUCCUCCUUGAGCUCUGAUGGUUUUCCCACCUCCUCCCCCCAGGGAAGCACUGAGGGUUUAUCCACCGGGUGGGGGGAGCUUGGGAUGGGUUUUUUUUGUUUUUUUUUUGUUCUCACACCCAAAAUGUGGAGCUUUUGGAAGACCCAGCCUGGAGCAGCUUUAGCUGAAUUCCCAUUCCCAAAUCCUGGUGUUCCCCACCCUGCCCCGCUCUGCUCCAUUUCAGUGUUUAAAGGGCUUAACUCCAGCCAGCAGGAGCCAUUUAAUUCUGAUUUUACACGGGCAGAAGAAAAAAACCCUUGGAGUAUUCCUGGGUUUGUGCCAGCCUGGGGGCAUUGGCAGCCAGGACGGGACCUGGGCUCAGCCAGGCCCGAGUCUGUGCCAAGGCCAGGCCCAAACCCCCCGAGCCAGCGUGGAGCCCCAGCCCUGAUGAGCCUGGCAGGGCAAAGCCAUUCCUGUGCUUCCUGCAGGGCAGGGGGAGCUUCUCCCAAAUCCUGGGGCUGGAAGAGAGUGGGGGCCCUUCCCAGUAUUCCCAGUUCUCCCAGUCGAGCCGCUCACCCCCUCUGCUAUGCACACCCCCACUUUUGUACUAGUCUUGUGUUUAAAAAAAGUAAUAAACUUGAGGUUUAUACAAUCAGACUAAAGCUUUAA